AUGUUUGAGGAAAGCCUGUGCCUUCUACUCAGAGCCACAUGGUUCAAGCCAUUGGAAGUACCAUCUCACCAUGGCACUGCAUAUGAGGAUCCAGAUGAGUUCUUCCCGUAUGACUACGUGUAUGGUUACGGGUACGAUUACGAGGAAGAUGAUAUUGAUGAAGCUGCUUACUACGGCAGCGGCAGUUCCUCAUCGAGCAGUGUUAUUAGGAUUGGCAACAGAAGGUGGGGUGACAAUGGGUACGUUAGAGCAGGCCGUUUAGAGGCCCGGCCAGUUCAUCAUCGACCCAAUGCCCAGGAUUCCGGAGGUGCAGGUGGUUCCUCGUCAUCAUCUCGUGAACCGAGGAAGAAAGAGGAUAAGACCGGGCGUCGUGCAAAGAGGACCCAGAAGCGGGAAGCUGCUGACAAGAAAGCUGCUGAGAAACAUCAGCUGCUUCUGGCCAGGCUGGGGCGCCAGUAA